AUGUCGGUUCCAAGGGAGAAUGGGCACCAGCGUGCCUCGCCAGCGUCGAGAAACGGCCACGCACCGCUGUACCGGCUCAACUCGAACCAGAGCAGUACGAGCAUAUUUGAAGAGGUGGAAAUGGCACAUGAUGAGCUUUUCUCUGGCCCGAUCGCCGAAAGUCUUCCCACCAGCGUUUCCGCUUUCUCCCAUCGCCGACCUCGUGCGGACUCCACGACGAGUUUUGCGUACUACCAGGACGAGCCCUCUCCCUCUCCCUCGUUUGAAGACGAACGCCGAAGUCUGUCCGACGUCGGGGAUUUUGCCUUUGGUGACGAGGACGAAAGCGACAUCGACGUCGAGAACGGCAAUGAAGUUAACGACUACAUGAUUCAACAUCGGCGGUCUUCGACACACUCGAGAUCCUCGGUCCAUGCCCGCCUUUUGCGUCGAGACAGUGCGACGACCAACAAGAGUCUGGGCGGAGACCGCCUAAGUCAGAAGGUUUACAUGGUGAACGAGGACUUGACAGUUGCCAUUGCUGGCUUCCGAACUAGCCGCUUAGGUUUUGCCGCUUAUGCAGCACUCUGUCUUUCAACGCUUGGUCUUGCAUGGCUGUUGUUGAGAUGGCUCCCUCGCUGGCAAAAUCAAUGGGGAGAAUUCGUCGUGAUGGACGUGGACAAGAAAAUGUACGGGAGACCCAUGUCCACCAUCUUUGGCUCCAACGAAAAGGACUAUGCGAUGGACGAUGAAUACGAUCCCAUCAUCGCCGAGCUGCGAAUGCUGAAUUAUCGUUACGUUCGGCUGUACUUCAAUCAGCAGAAGGACAGGUUUGUCAUGUUCAACGGAUGGGUGGAUCCGAACUGGACCGAUCCCCGUGCCGCCCGUGCCGGUAUAGACAGUGAUGAGAAGGGUGUACGAGAGGUUGUCUUUGGUAACAACCUCAUUGACAUUGAGCAAAAGUCGAUACCGCAAUUGCUUGUGGAUGAGGUGUUCCAUCCCUUUUACGUAUUCCAGAUUGCUAGCCUGAUUCUCUGGUCUCUCGACGAAUACUACUACUACGCCGUUGCCAUCUUCUUGAUGUCAUUCGGCAGCAUCGCGACAACCCUCAUCGAAACCCGGGCAACUAUGAAAAGACUUCGCGAAAUUUCUCGCUUUGAGUGCGACGUGCGAGUUCUUCGUAAUGGGUUCUCCAAAGGGCGAUACGUGCCUUCGAGCGAGCUCGUACCCGGCGAUGUAUACGAAGUCAGCGACCCCAACCUGACCCAAUUCCCAAGCGAUGGUUUACUCCUCAGCGGCGAUUGCAUCGUCAAUGAGAGCAUGCUCACAGGCGAAUCGGUGCCUGUCUCGAAGUCCCCAGCUACUGACGAGACCAUGUACAACCUCGACUUGGCUGCGCCUACAGUAUCGCCUGAGAUUGCCAAGCACUUUCUCUUUUGCGGCACCAAGAUCAUUCGUGCUCGACGUCCCCAAGAAGACCGCGACGGGGAUGCUGUCGCCCUCGCGCUUGUGGUUAGGACCGGGUUCAGUACCACAAAGGGCUCUCUCGUGCGAUCCAUGCUCUUCCCCAAACCCUCCGGCUUCAAGUUCUACCGAGAUUCUUUCAGAUACAUCAGUGUCAUGGCUGUGGUAGCUAUGCUCGGCUUCAUUGCGUCUUUCAUCAACUUCCUGCGUUUGCACCUUGCCUGGCACCUCAUCAUUGUGCGCGCCCUGGAUCUCAUUACUAUUGUGGUACCACCUGCGCUGCCCGCCACGCUCACGAUCGGCACCAACUUUGCGCUCGGCCGGCUCAAGAAAAAGCAAAUCUUCUGCAUCAGCCCUCAACGUGUCAACGUCGGCGGCAAGCUUGACAUAAUGUGUUUUGAUAAGACGGGCACCCUCACAGAAGACGGGUUGGAUAUUUUCGGCGUCCGAGUUGUCUCGCCGGCGACAGGCAAGUUCACAGCUGUAUUAGAAGACCCGGCGUCUCUGGUACUUGACCAGGCCGGAGAUUCAGCUCAGGCAUCAAAGCUUAAUGCUGCUUUGUUUACCAUGGCAACCUGCCACUCGCUCCGAUCUGUCGACGACGAGCUGAUGGGAGACCCGCUUGAUCUGAAGAUGUUCGAGUUCACACGAUGGUCUUUCGAGGAAGGCAGACAGCGUCCCAACGAGGUAGACGAUCAAGACCAAGGCAGUCUCUCACCAUCAGUCGCCAGACCCCCCAUUGAACACAGUGAUAUACUACAUCGUACCACUGCGAGGCGGGACCAAUCGGCACCGUUUGAGCUUGGAAUCCUGAGGUCCUUUGAGUUUGUUUCUCAACUUCGAAGGGCGAGUGUCGUUGUCCGACAAUUUGGCCAACAAAGUGGAGACGUAUACGUCAAAGGUGCACCGGAAUGCAUGCGGGAGAUCUGCCGCGAAGACAGUUUCUUGCUAACUCUCUACUUCUUCUCCGUCAACACAGUUCCUAUCGACUAUGACGAACAGCUCGCAUACUACACGCACAAGGGUUAUCGUGUAAUUGGCUGCGCUACUCGACAUAUCCCUAAGCUCAGUUGGGUGAAGGCUCAAAAAAUGAGGCGGCACGAGGCAGAGUCCAAUCUGGAGUUCAUCGGCUUCAUCAUUUUUGAGAACAAGCUGAAACCAACCACAGCUGCGGUAUUGACCGAGCUUUUGGAGUCCAACAUCAGCACCACUAUGGUAACCGGUGACAACAUCUUGACAGCCAUCAGCGUGGCUCGCGAAUGCAAUUUGAUCAACAAGACGGCGCACUGCUUUGUCCCAAGAUUCGCCGAAGGCAACGCCGGUGACCCCAAGGCCAGACUUCAAUGGGAAAGUAUUGACAAUGGUGCAUUCCAGCUGAAUGCGGAUACCCUGCUGCCAAUGCCUCCCCCGGCCGACGUCGAUGCGUCCCUGGCAUACAACAUCAAUGACAUUCGUAACUAUUCAUUGGCUGUCAGUGGCGAGGUUUUCCGGUGGAUCGUUGAUUUCGCAUCUCCGUUGGUUUUGCAGAGAAUGCUUGUCCGUGGUCGAGUAUUCGCGCGGAUGUCACCAGAUGAGAAGCAUGAGCUGGUUGAGAAGCUCCAAGGUAUUGGAUAUUGUUGCGGAUUUUGUGGUGACGGCGCGAACGAUUGCGGCGCCCUCAAAGCGGCCGACGUCGGUAUUUCGCUGUCAGAAGCGGAGGCUUCUGUCGCGGCCCCUUUCACAUCGCGCGUCUUCGAUAUUGGAUGUGUGCCUCAGGUCAUCCGCGAGGGACGCGCUGCGCUUGUGACGAGCUUCAGCUGUUUCAAGUAUAUGAGUUUGUACUCGGCCAUCCAGUUCACGUCUGUCAGUUUUCUCUAUGCGACGGCGUCAAAUCUUGGUGACUUUCAGUUCCUAUUUAUCGAUCUGCUGUUGAUUCUGCCGAUUGCUAUAUUUAUGAGCUGGGCUGGACCGUUCCCUGUGCUGUCACAGAAACGACCAACUGCAGAUCUUGUCUCCCGCAAGGUGCUUAUUCCGCUGCUGGGCCAAAUGGCCAUUUGCAUCAUGGUACAAGCGAUCGUCUACAUGGCUGUGCGGGAGCAGCCUUGGUAUAUUCCACCCCGAAUUGAACAUGAUAAGUCCAACAUUAAGAAUUCGGAUAACACUGUUUUGUUCUUGGUAUCCUGCUUUGAAUAUAUCCUAGCGGGAGUGGUGCUCAACGCUGGCCCACCUUUUCGAGAGAAGGCGGUGAAGAACUCUCCGAGCUCUGAUCACGAAGGUGACCGCGAUAAACAUCGUGGUAACGACCCAGGACGGCCCAAGCACAUUACUGGUCCUGAUCAUUACUAUACAGGCCAUCAGGUGUUUUCUCAUCGACCAACACUGAGAAUGAAUAUGGACUGGAUUCUCGACAGCGGCUACCUGCCCCAUGCUGUCAUCAGAAUAGGCAUUCGGCGGCAGCUUCAGGAGCGCCUUGUCUCCAUCGCGAGCACGUCUCUCAGCCUUGAAUACGAGCGCAAGAUGACCUUUAUUGAGAAAUUGCGUACCCAACCCAUCGCCAUUGAGACCGCCGCAGCUAAUAAACAACACUACGAGGUUGGAACCGGCGUCCUCGCCGCCUGCCUGGGUCCCCGCAUGAAGUACUCGUGCUGUCUAUAUCCCAAAGGCGGCGAGACCCUGGCCCAGGCUGAGGUGGCUAUGCUGCAGACCUAUGUCGAAAAGGGUGGGUUGGAAGACGGCAUGAGCAUUCUGGACCUUGGCUGCGGUUGGGGAUCAGGUGCACUCUACUUCGCCGAGGUACUCCCCAACUCCAAGGUCACGGCCUUUUCCAACUCCAAGACGCAAAAGGAGUACAUCGACGCCAAGGCCAAGGAGAAGGGGCUGACGAACCUCACUGUUAUCACGGGCAACGUAGUCGACUAUGAGUUCGAGCAACAGUCGUUUGACCGAGUCGUUUCCAUCGAGCUGUUCGAGCACAUGAAGAACUAUGAGCUGCUCAUGGCCAAGGUCGGGCGGGCUCUGAAACCCGGUGGCAAACUGUUUGUUCACAUAUUUGCCCACAAAACCACGCCGUAUGACUACGAGGAGGGCUGGAUGACGACGCACUUCUUCACAGGAGGUACUAUGCCAUCCACCGACCUGCUUCUCUUCUUCCAACAGGACCUCAAGAUCCAAAAGCAAUGGUGGGUCAACGGACAACACUACUCCAAGACAUGCGAGGACUGGCUGAGCGAGAUGCUCUCACACAAGAAGGAGAUUUGGCCGCACCUGGUUGAGACGUACGGGGAACAGGAUGCCAGCGUGUGGUACAACCGGUGGCAGAUCUUCUACAUGGCAUGCUCCGAGCUUUUCGCAUACCAGGGUGGUGACACCUGGGGCGUGGCGCACUACCUCUUCGAGAAGCCCAGCAACUGA